AUGACCCUCCACGACCGCGUCCGCGCCGCCUGCAAGGCCGACGCGCAAGCCGCCGACCCCGCCGCCGCUCCUGGUUCCGCUGGUUCGCCCGAAGCCCCCGCUGCCUCUGCGUCGCGCUGUCGCACGCUGAUCUUCGACUCGGGGCACGACGGGUUCGGCGACACGGUGUUCGGGCUCGCGUCGACGUUCGUCGCGGCGCUUCUAGACGAUCGCGCGUUUCUAAUUCGCCAGGAAUGGUUACCGUUCGCCUUCGAACCCGCGACCUUCGACUGGCGCGACACGACCGACAUUAUCUUUUCGGAACCGUCAUGGCGAAUAAGUGACGAGAAUAACCCCCCCGACGUGCCAUACGCGCGACUGAGCCUGUACAAUAGGAACGUUACGAAUCCCGAGGCGCUGUUCGGGAAGCUGAGUGGGAUAGCGCACAUCGGGCUGUUGUGGAACCGCGGAAUUCUGUUCAAUCUGCUGACCAAGGAGAAGGGCGCGUGGGCGGAUAAGUUCAGAGGCAUUGGCUUGACCCCUCCGUACGCCUUCGCGUGCGUCAUGCGAUUCCUGCUCCGACCUAAGCCGGAGGUAUGGCAGCUGAUGAGGGGCAUAAGCCAGCAGGUGAAUGCACCAAACAGCAUCAGCAUCGGCAUACACGUGCGUGUGCAAGAUGGCAUAGUCUGGGAGGAUUACUGGCAUGAUGGCGUUCCCAAGGUGCUCAACGAGACUGUAGUCGAGGAACUCUAUAACGAGAACAAGCAGGCGUUUGAGUGUGCUCAGGAGUUGGAGCAGUGGUGGAGGCCGGUCUCCUUGAGGGUGACGUGGUUCCUCAUCUGCAACUCCGCCCACCUCAAAGCAGCCUUGCGCGACAGAUUCCCCAACAAGAUUGUGACCACUGAGUUUAUCCCCCGCCACGUGGCGAUCAGCAAGGAACCCAACUCCACUGCACGAACCGGCCCCCCUGCAUGGUACCAGGAGACAGUGGCCGAAUGGCUGCUCCUCGCAUCCACCCACCUACUUAUUAUCCCAGCGGACUCGGUGUUUUCCCGCUCUGCUGUCAUGUAUUCAAUGCGCCCGGGGGGUGUUUGCAUGGCACACAAGUGCCGCCCUGAUGCUCCUGUACCUGUAGGGGACCUAGCAGUGGCUGGGUGCGGGGUGUGA